AAUUCACAAUACAUCAUGCUCAAGUAUAAUAGCGGGGCAAUGCAGAUUCUGGAAUUGCGAUAUGUUUAGUCCGCCUGUACCGCUUCGACUAAUCUAAGCUCCUACCGACAGUGGAGAGCUCGCUAGGAGAACGGGCAAAUUGACUGCGAUCCCCUAAGGCCGAGUGCUUCUCAACUCUACGUUUGAGUAGCAGUGCUAGUUCUAGCCAUUAUUAAAACACCUAUGCAACGAUACAAGACGAGUUUGUUCCGGUGAGCAACCCCUCAUGCCAAGACGAGUUGUUCCGGUGAGCAACAUCCUGACACGCGACGUUCUUGCAUUCUCCCGUCUCCUAGCCUCGCCCUGUCAUCGCAGUCACCGUCGUCCACUACAUGGUUUCCGUCAACCGUAUCCUUCGCUCCCACCGCAUCAUUUCCAUCAAUCGCAUCCUCGCUACUGCCCUUAUCGUCAAAGGCGCCGCCGCAUCUUCUCAGCCAACGUUCCCCGCCCCAACCGGAAGCCAUCCAGACGUCUUCAUGAUAUCCCAACAACUAUGAAUGAUCACCAAUCUCUACCAAGGGACUGGGACCAGCGAAUUCUUGGCGUCGGAGGUUCUGCUAUUGUGUCUUUGCACGAUGACACCACUGUGCUGAAGGGCUAUGUUGCGUGGCUAGAUGGCCGAAUAGCUGCCUCCUUUGAAGAGUGUAGCGCGUCGAAGCUCUCGCUGGACCGGGAACGCCAAGUUUUCGAAAGAUUGGGGUCACACGAAAACAUUUUGCGAUAUUAUGGCCUGGUCGAAGUUCAACAAAGCAUACACUCCCUCCGUCUAGAGCGGGCAUUACACGGCAACCUCCGAUCUUUCAUUCGAGUAAACGACCCAGUCCCAUUGCCACAGCGGCUCACGUGGGUUGCAGACCUCGCGGCGGGCCUCGCAUACAUACACUCUAAAAAGGUGUUCCACUGUGAUUUUAGUUGUCGCAAUGUUUUCUUAACAGGAGAGAAUGCUGUUAAAAUAGGCGACUUUGGGGGGGGGGGGGGCAAAAUUGGAUGACCAAGAGCCCUAUGCCGCUGAAGAGCCUUGGUAUGAGCUACCUCUCCGUGGGAGAUCCUGGGAAGGGAGACCUUAUAUCAAACGAGAGCUUUUUGCUCUAGGUUGCGCUAUAUACGAGAUUAUGGCGUGGAAGAAGCCGUUUAACGAGUUAAAUAGUGAAGAGGUGGAGAGGUGCUUUGCUCGGGAAGAGUUCCCCGAUAUUCGCAAUGUAUCUUGUGCUAGCGUCGUUCAGAAGUGUUGGGAUGAGGAAUUCGAAAGUUCGGAAGAUGUAAUGCUCGCUUUACAAGCUGUACCAGG